AUGCUUCCCCAAAUCCUAGGUAGCUUGUUCAUUUUUCAAAAAUUGGUUAGCAUUGUCAAAAAGAUGGGCAGCAAGGUCUCUUCCCUAGCCUCCAAUACCAAUUGUAAGCAACAAAGCAGCAGCACCACCACCUCCAGCAGCAGCAGCACCUCCAGCAGCAGCACCACCACCAGCAGCGCAUACACCGGACUAGGCAACAUCAUUAAGCUCCUUCCAACCGGGACCGUCUUCCUUUUCCAUUUCCUCAACCCUCUUUUGACCAACAACGGCCAAUGCCACACUUAUAACAAGUACCUAAGUGCCAUUCUCAUCGCAGUCUGCGGCAUUUCGUGUUGUAUUGCUAGCUUCACUGAUAGCUACAAGGGGAGCGACGGGUCGACCCACUACGGGAUCGCCACGGCCAAGGGCAUUUGGCCGAGCUCGAGCUCUAGUAAUUCCUUAUCGGGGCAUAAGCUUCGGUUCUCGGAUUUCGUCCAUGCAUUCUUGUCGGUGAUUAUUUUCACGGUUUUGGCGUUGUUGGACACGAACACCGUGAAGUGCUUUUAUCCGUCUUUCGAGACUACGGAGAAGACUUUGAUCAAGGUUCUGCCAACCGUGAUCGGCUCGAUCUCGAGCACGGUGUUCACGUUGUUCCCGAGCACGCGCAACGGAGUUGGGUACCCUUCAAGUGAUGCUAGUACUACCUCGGGGACUAGUACUACAUCGGAGAGCAAUGCCGAGAAAGUUUGAUGAUACACAUAACCACAUAUGCAUGAUCCAAUGUAACUACAUGUAUUUCCAAAUGCGUGCAUCUAGGAUUUCUCAUAUUAGACUCGUGUUGUCUAGGACGAGUAUGUAAUAACGAUUGUAACCAUUUGUUGUCGUAGAUCUUACACUGUAUAUGCAGAAAGAGGAUUUAUUUGUAUUGGAAUCGAUAAAUUCAUUGAUGUCUUCU